ACAGAGCGUCAUCGUACGUAAUGGAGUCGAUGUUCACUUUGACCAAGUUAUGAUCAUGAAAAUUGAAAUUUUUCAAUGAAAUAUUACGUAAAAGUGUUGUGCUAUUAAGUAAUUCGUUGCAAGAAGUUAUUGAAAGUAACUUAUGGAUCUUAAAACUGAAGAAAAAGUGUGUAUACAACCUCAUUUUACGUACAAUGAAUGAGAACUACGAUUACGCUGCCAAGGCACAAAUCAAAGCACGCUGAUUGUGCGCGGAUACAUUUGGAACUGUAGUUGCGGCGUGUUUUCAUGGUUUUACGAGGGCACGUCAUUGCAAAGACUGAUGAAGGAAUGGCUUCGGAUCAGCCAGUGAAGAAAAAACAGAGGAUUGACGGGCCUGAUAUAGAUGAAGGAAGUGAUAAAUCCGGUGAGGAUAUUCUCACAGACAUAUACGAUUCUGAAACGCCAGCUGAGCAUUCAGGCGAUUUCAUUACGAGAAAUGGUGAAUCGCCUGAUAGUGGUACAGUGAGUGAAGAUGCGGUCGACUGUUCGUCAAUAUUAAGGCUUCCAAGUGAUACUAAUGUGGAAAUAAUACCCUCAUCCAGCAAUACACCUAACUGGACAGUUGCUGAUGACAAAUUACUCACUGAGUUGCGGACUCUUCAAAAUUCUCUGGUUGGUCAGUGCUUGUGUGGUUUAGACGAAAAUGUUAUCUUACAACUGUUUGAUAGACGAUUACAUAUUGCAACAUGGCCGUUGACAUGCUCUCUCACCUACCUUUCAACUAUGCAAUUGCUAUUUGACAUUUAUUUGAAACAAAACAAUUCAGGUACAAUAUGUUCACGGCUGAUGCAUGCUUGUGAUAUAUUCGUUAGGAACAGGCAUGACUGGAUAACAGAAGUGGUUGACUUAUCGGAACACAAAAGUAAAUUCAUUACAUUUGUUGCAAGUAGAGUCUUAGCCAGCUUUUUAAUAGUAUCAAAAGAUACAGUUGAUGAGAAUUGGCUACAACAGAUUGCAGAAAAUAUUUAUUUAUUUGAUAGAAUAAACAGAAUCACAGUACAAAAGAUUAACUUCAGUUUAGAUAUAAUAAAGAGGAUAGUUGAAUGGAAGGAUAUAGAACAACAUCCACUGGAGGACAGUAAUUAUAUAAAUUCAACAGCAAAUGUUCAAGUACAUGAGGAUAAUCCAUUCCGGAGCAGUUCCAGCUAUGGGAGCGCACACAUGCCUUCUAACUCACGGAAUGAUAACUUACAUAAUGCAUUUUCAAAUUUACAAACUCACAGUUCGCCUUCCACAUCAAGUAGAGAUAGCUCCACUGAAAACAAGCCAAUGACUAUAAAACUUCGAGAGCCAGUGUUAAAAUUACCUACUGAGCAACCUAUGGGCAGGAUAGAAAGAAGUGAGUCCCCAGAACCUCAGCCUUCGAGAAUAGAGAGGGUAAAUGAGCAUGGUUGUGUUACUGUUAUCUUAACGGAUUCAGAAUCUUUUGACACGUCUCAUAUAAAAUGUUUAACAAUUAAAACUCUAGAGCACCAUUGGCCUGUGCUUGUUAAGAAUAUGAAACUCCUGCUACUUAGGUACCUGAAUUUAAGUAAUGCUGAAAAUUGCGUACUUACGUUUUUCUCCCUGUGGGAGAAUAUUAUAAGUGUUAAGGCUAAUCUCUCAGUGAUAGAUACAAAGCCAUUCUAUGCUGACUUGCAGAGCUUCAUUGAUUUGUUAAGAAAUACACUAUUACCACCUUUAAUAUAUAGUCAUUUGUUGAGCUUAUUCAAUGAGGUGUUAUGCUAUGGAUCCACAUUAGCCUUACAGGAUAUUUUGCCAGAAGAAAUAUGUACAUUAGCACAUUCUAUUGUAAGGUAUGUUAAAGACUUUCGGCUACUGAGCGAUGUGAGAGUCCAAAGCAGUAGGAGUGGAUUCGGCUUUUUGGGGCAUGAAUGUACUGUAUUGAGAGAUUACUCAUUAGGCACUGAGGUAGCUCCUAUAUCAACAUCAAUACAGCUAGUCGACCAGAGCUAUGGAGAUGAAGAAAAUGAUGACAACAACCAAUUGCAUGAAGUCGACAAGACUAUGUUACAACGGAUGUCACUAUUAGUACUGAAAUCGGUUGCUGUAACAGUUAAAGAAAUGCGAUGUGAUUCAUCCGAUAGUUCCAUAGAUUCAUCAGACUACAAUGCUAUACAAGACAUGCAGAUUGUCGAACGGUCAAUACGAGAUGUGUUAAAGAAGCUAGACUCAUUCAUACGAAAUCGACUUGAAUUCCACCCGGAAACACCGUUUACGAAAAUGUUGAUACAUUUAUUCAGUGAGCAGGAUGAUUAUUUGAUUGAAUCUAUGGUUUGCACAUUAGACAUUACUGUUGGUAUUGUUUACAGGAAUUCAAUGUAUCCCGAUCUAAUACCAAUGCUGAAUCCCAUAAUGUCAUUUAUGGAAUUCCUUAAAGUGGUAUCACACGACAGCGAUGUGCUUUUAGAUUACUUGGUGAGUAACGAAACCUGCUUUCUCUUGUAUUUGUUGCGAUUUUUAAAGUAUGUAAGGAGGAAUUGGCCGAAAUUUCUAGAGACCUGUCAGCAAAUGGAUGAUACUAGAGGGUUGGACGAAACAAUGAGGGUUCUAAUUAGGUUACGUUUACAGAUCAGUAGGCUUGUCUCAAAAGCAUUGUUUCCUUAUAAUAUAAGUCCUGUUUUGAGGUUAUUGGAGGUCUGUGAAAGCUUAUAUGAAGGCAAUGAGUUCAGUUAAAAUGUGUCUUAACGGUUUUAGGAAUUUUAACAGAGCAAUGUUUUAAUGCUGGGCAUUUAAAAAUGACAUAACCAUAAAAAUUUUCUUUGGUUCUCACAUCCUGUACUUGACUUGUACAUUUCGUCCACUUAUUGUCCAAAUCUUAAAAUUUAUUCAUACCAUUCGCUCCAAUUAAAAUUCCUGAAACUUAAUUUCUAUAAACAAUCCCACAAAGACUGCAAAUUAUAUUAACAUUCCAAAUUUUUUAUUGGCAUAAUUAAGUUAAUUAGUAAGUAGAUUAAUUAAUUUAUACUAACUGUAGAUGUAAAUGUGUAACAAUGUUGUAUAAUGUCUUCCAAAUACAAUUGGUACAAUUACAUGGUAUAUUUUUAAAAUAAUAAAUUUCAAAUGAGAUUAGUAGUAAAGGGAAAUUUACAUGGAAUGAGAUGUUAAUGAUGAAAUUGCUCGUUUACGACUUCAAAGAAACACAAACAAACAUAUUUUCGUACUCAUAAGAUUAGUAAGGAUCUUGUAAUUUGUUAAUUUAACGAAAGAAUAUGCCAUUAACUUAAAAAAAAUCCAAACAUUACGGUGUUGUUGAAAUCUCUACAUUGAUUGCAGACUGGAAAUCUUGAAAUACUGGCGGGCUUUCAUUUUAUUUUACGAAUAUAACAUGUAAUUAUCACCAAGUUAAAGUGCCUUAACGAUACAAUAAAGGUGCUCAAUAAUAACCAGCAUUUCCCCCACAAAAGUAAUGCUUCCUCUUAAGUAGUCUAGUUUUAAUUUAUUUUAAAUCUGUAUAUUGUUUAGUUGUAAUGCAUAUAAAUGCGGGUUUUUUAUCUAAAUUAUAUUCUAAUGCCACUUUGUAAAUAUGCCAUCAAUUACCAUAAGUAAAUGUAAUCAGUAUUAAUGCAAUUUUAACUUAUGAACAUACCUUCGUAUCGCUAAUGGAAUACCACACAGGGAUUUUAUUGCAAAUAUUUUUGUUAUGUUUAUAAAUUAAUUAAUACAGAAAGAAAAAUUCCGCAAUAGCGAAAUUAUCUUUAUGGGAGGACAAGUUGUCGAGGAAGGAAAAUGUCAUAGAAUCCUUAUAAAGAAAUAGAAAAUAAUGUUAAAAACCAUUCGAUCUGUCGAAUAUCUAUGCAGUUUGCUGACCAUAGACGUAAAAUUUAAUACCUGUGUCAUUAAAUUUAAUUAAGUAAGUAUAUAAGGAUUUGGUUUUCCAGAAGUACAUACAAAAAGCUUGAAAUUAUUGAUAUUCUUAAAUACGUAUACAUAUUUUAAAUAUAUCAGGAACAUUUGCAUUAUCUUCCUUUGUGGUAUGAAUGAACUCAUAAAAUGUAUAUGAAUUUAAUCUUGUAUAAUUAUGUUCCACAGUUAAAAUAAAACAGACCAAGCAUUUCUUGAGUUCUUUGUAUCAUAACAUAUUUUUGUUUAUUUAAAUUUAAGUCUUUAGGUAACCCCACAAUAUUAGCGAACUAUUUAUGUUAAAAAAUUAAAAUAAUGAAGUGAAAACAAUGCAAUUCGUAAUGUAAUCAAUUUAUUUGAAUCUCAGCCAUUUAUUGUUAUAAAGUGUACUUAUAAUCACGAAAAUAUUGCUGAAUCGUUGAAAUUUGUUGUUUUUAAAUUCACAGUUACAGAGAUCCACGUUGACAAUACAAUAAUGUCAAGUCCUAACUUAACAUUUAAAAAAGAAUCAAUCUAGUGUCCACCAUUCGCUCCGCCUCCUUGGUACAGUGGUUAAAGCGUGAGCCUAGAGCCGAGGAGUUCUGGGUUCAACUCCAGUGGGGACAAAAAAAUCUUGGGUCUGGCAGGACACAGACGGCUGACGACCUACUUGUCCACAAAGAGAUCAGUGUAUAUCAUCUGCACCAUACUCCACUGGGGACACGGGACUUCACUUAUUUAGUAUACACCAUGAUUCAAGGACCAUCAAGCAAGCAUUUAUAAUUUACUAGCCGAGCCGACGGCCUUUGUCCUGUCUUCGUGCAAAUUGUCAAACCCGUGAAUUUCAGCAAAGUUCAAGUGAAAUUGAGGUUCAUUUUUAUUUAUUGAGAUAUUGUUUAUAUUCCUCAACGAUUCAGAUAAUAAAAAUGUUCAUUGUUAAAAAAAUUUGGAAGAAAACUGUGUAUUUUUUGUUUGUCAUGUAAAAUACUAAAAAGUUGACUGGCUUCAUAUUUCCAGCCUCAUUUUGAUAUUGUAUUUGAAAAUUCGGAUCAUUUAAAAUUAUAUUUCAAAGGCGCAUUAAUUACUGUUUUUGUAAGCCUAAACAUUUAUGUAUUUAGGAUAAUUCUAAGUAUAUACUUGUUAUUCGUAGAUAAUAAUUUAACAGCAAUAAAUGAAAUAUUUUUGUACAUGAUUAAA